AUGUAUUUGUUUACAACAUUCGCACUUGUUACUUUGUCCAUAACACCUGCUGUAGGGAAUAAUUCAUCCAUCGGCUCUCAGCUUUACAACAACCUUUUUCUAAACUACGAAAAAAAUGUGCGGCCUGGAAUAAAUUAUAGUUAUCCUACCAUUGUAAGUUGUGAAUUCAGCUUUGCAGGAUUGAACGAAUUUAAGGAAAUCGACAGUAAGAUGUCAGUAUUGGGAGUUUUUAUAAUACAAUGGUAUGAGGAUCGUCUUGUAUGGAACCCGGCUACUUAUGGUGGGAUUUCCGACAUGUUAAUUCCUGAGGAAUCGGUAUGGAAGCCCGAUAUAGCAAUACCUAAUGCAUAUCAUGGCGUCAAAUUUCUUUAUUCGAGCAACCCUAAGGUCCGAGCAAAGAACAAUGGCCAUAUAAUCUGGGUAACAGGGGACAGAUAUGAUCUCUACUGUAAUGCAGACAUAACUCACUACCCUUUUGAUACACAAACUUGCGUAUUAAGCAUGCUCACGUGGAAUUCAUUUCCAUCGGAGGUAUUGCUUGAUAAAGUUGAAUCCAUCUCGACCUUACGUAACUAUACCUCGAUCAACCCUUCCUGGGACGUCACAGAAAUUAAAAUGUAUUCGAGAAUUGAUGAAACCCUUGUCUCUUCGACACUGAUAAUCGAGAUAAAGGUUAAAAGAUUACCGGAAUACGUCAUCGUCAACAUGCUACUUCCGGUUUGUUUUCUCUGCGUCAUCAACAUAUUCGUGUUUAUUCUUCCUGCAGAGUCCGGGGAACGGAUAGGUUUUUCUAUAACUCUUCUCUUGUCCGUCGCUGUGUUUAUGACGAUUUUGUCAGACUCACUUCCGCAGUCAUCAAGACCACAGAUCGCUGUGUUGUGUUAUUUUCUGUUUUCACAGCUUAUCGUUAGUAUUCUCAUGAUGGUUUUCACCAUAUUGGGUCUCCGGUUCUACUGGGCGGUGCCGGAUAAACCCAUUCCGGGUUACCUGAAAUUGUUUUCAAGAAUAAUGAGUAACGUUUGCAAGGGAACCCAAUAUUGCAAGCGUAGAAAGAAAAGAAAACAGCUUGCUGCUGUUGGACCGGAACAAAUACAAGACACAGUCGAGAAAGAAUGCAACAUCAAGAACUCCAAAGACAUGAACCAGAGUCCUCUGGAAGAUGAGUGCAUGUUGAUCACAUGGCAAAAGAUAGCAAGCGAUUUCGACAAUUUCUGCAUCGUCUUAUUUUUAUUUCUCAUCGUUUUAACAAAUUCUGUAUUCUGUAUAAACAUGUCCUCCAAUACUCAGUAA